AUGCAACGUUCGUUUUUCAUGGCGGAGUCGGCGACUGAUUGCGAUGCAAAGAGGAUGUUGCGGAUGGGCCGCCAGGUCACAAAGAGCACUUGGGACGCCUCGAAAAUUGUCAACUCGCCGCUUUCAGCCGAGCUGACAACUUUUCCACCGGCAAAGAGGUGCUCAAUCAACGACGCAUCAGAUUCCCUCUGUCUCUAUUGUCACGUGUGCCUAACCAUGGAGGACGAAUGGUACUCGGGAGCUGAUACAACCGAUGGGACUGGCGGCGGGGGUGGAGGAGCCCUUGCUGGGGGCGGUGCACAGCAGAGAACGCCGUACGGGGACUCGUUCACCCCACCGAGCUCCCAAGGCGGAAUAAUGGCAGGCCAGCAGGCCUACGGAGCUCCUGGCGCAAGCAUGGGCGGCUAUGGCGGGCACGCAGCAGCAGCCGUAGGGGCGGGAGGCAUGCGGGCGGAGGGAGUGGGCGGCCGAGGGGUGGGGGGCGGGGUCGUCGGUGCCAUCCUGGAGGACGAGGAGGACUACGAGAACGAGCCCCCGUUGCUGGAGGAGCUGGGCAUCAACUUCGAGCACAUCUGGUCGAAAACGCUCGCGGUGAUCUUGCCCACGAAGAAGAUCGACAUCAACUACCUGGACGACACGGACCUGGCAGGUCCGCUUGUGUUCUGCUUGUGCUUCGGGCUGUGCCUCCUCUUGACGGGAAAGCCACACUUUGGGUACAUCUAUGGGUUCGGAAUGUUUGGGUGCAUCGCGACGGCGAUGGUGCUCAACCUAAUCGGAGAAAAGCCGAUUGACCUCUGGAAAACGACAAGUGUUCUGGGGUACUGCCUCUUGCCGGUCAUCGGCUUAGCGGCGAUGGGGAUAGUGACGGACCUGCGUGGGAACUUGGGGCACGUGCUGGGGUUCGUGGCGGUGGCCUGGUGCACCAUUUCGGCCACCCGCUUGUUCGAGGAGUAUCUGGAGAUGCGAAGACAGCGGUAUCUCGUGGCCUACCCUGUAGGCCUGCUGUACGCUUGUUUCGUUCUCAUCACGGUGUACUAACCGGGGUAUUGCGUCUCUUGUGCUGGUGUUUUUGUGGGGGAUCGAUGCGCGCGCACACACAUCGCCCUGCUGGUGUAGUACGUGAAGCACUGCUGUCAAGUGUAACGUUCCGAAGAUCGCGCGCACUUCGUGGUAGAUCGAGGUGUUGCCAUCAUUGUUGUUUCUGUGGUCGCUGCUGCUGUUCUCGUGUAGCAAGGAACGGAUGAGUUGAAAUCGGUAGACAUGAGGAUUUGUUCGGCUAUACUCGCCAGGGGUGCUCACUCACCGCUGGCCCGCAACAAUAACAGCCCGGGUCGUGUUUGCAGCAGCAGCACUUUUCGUCGGCAUGGUAAAAGUCCGUCGGGCGGAUGUGCACUAGCUCUUGUACCGUCAGUCCACAAACUUGUGGGAGGUGCCUCACCAGACGAGGGGGGUGGACAGGUCGGCUUGACACUCCAAGCGGCGGCGCUGUUUCUAGGACUACAGCAGUUCGCAGAGAAAGCGGUUGUUUCUCAGUUCAGCAACAAAGUGGGUAUCGUUGCCACGAACGUCCGCUGAUUUCGUACACAAGAUGUUUGGGCUCUUGUGUUUGGUUGAGCCUGCCUGCGUACGGCGACUGAGGGCAAUACAAUGUUGCAGUGUAGUCGCUCUGAGAAUGCAUCGUCGGCCUAGAGUGUGUGGUUCUUGGCGUAACAUAAGUGCGGAUAUGUGUGUAAAUAGGUUUGGGGGGGUCAGUGCGUUGUAUUAGCCUUGGGCUUGCCUGUCAUUCAUCGGUGCUUUGUCCGAUAGGAUUGUCCGUCUCAAGCGGUGGUGUUACGGUAAAAAAAUAUCAAGCAAUCAUGUUCGGUGUCACACUUGCCCAUGUGGUCCACGUUUCAACAAAAGGGAUGCCAACAACGAAAGAUGGGUCUCUGGGCAUGGUAUUUUGAGCGCCGCACUUUUCCACGCCCACCUUGCUUACUUUGGAGAACUUUGCACUCAAUGAAUCAGCCCGUGGUGUGUGGCGAUGUUGUGUGUAACUUACGGUUCAGUUCACGACCAGCCUCAGCCUGAGUG